AUGCCAAUAAGGACUACUACUUCUGCAUUUAAGCCUAGGGGAGCAACUUCUUCCGCUCCUAAAGCCUUAGCGUCGCAGAUUGUCAGAUGUUUCAGGUGUGGUGGGCCACACUAUCUGAGCCAGUGCCUACAGACUGAUGUCAGAGUUUACUUCUCGUGCCAGCAGCUAAGGCACCUUGCUAGGGACUGUCCUACGCCUAGUGGGGCAGUUUCGUCUUCUGCUAGCGCCUUGCACGCUGUUAGGCCUAAAGCAACUAAGGCUCCGACGACAACUAGAUCAAUAGCAGAGGGACGUGUAUUCACUACUUUUGCAUCAGAGGCAGCCCAGGCGACAGAUCUCGUUCAGGGAACAACGGUAGUGACAGAUACUUUUCUUUCUGUAUUGUUUGACUCUGAAGCCACACACUUUUAUUGCGGACAUUUGUGUGAGAAACUUAGGAUGUGA